AUGGCGGAACCAGCGGCGGUAGCGGCGGGGGCGGGAGUGGCGAUGGAAGUGGAGGUAAAACUGCGGUUAGCGAAUAAGGAGGCGCACGCGCGCGUCGCGGAGCUGCUGGCGGCCAAUCACCGUGUGACACAUCAGCAGGAGAACGUGUUCUUCGACGGGGCGAACGGCGAGCUGAGUCGUAACCGCAUUGUGUUGCGGCUUCGUUUCUACAACAGUGAUUCCAAGUGCGUUGUGACUGUAAAGGGGAAGACUAUUAUGGCGGAUGGCAUCGGGCGAUCCACUGAGGAGGAGGAGGAGAUCGAAGCUGCCUUUGGCCGGGCAUGUGUGGCGGACCCCUCACUUGUGCAAUCUGCCACCACACCGCUUCUCUCCUCCCUGCCUGCCCGCUUCUCCUGCCCGCAGUUUGUGUGCCUGGGGGGAUUCCGCAACACUAGGAGCGUGUUUGAGUGGCGGGGCAACACAAUCGAGCUCGAUGAGACUCAGUUUGCCUUUGGCACACAGUACGAGAUCGAGUGUGAGACCAGCCAGCCAGAACAACUCAAAGCAGAGCUGGGGGAUUUUUUGCAAGAGCAUAACGUUCCGUUCAAUAACAGCAGCAGCACCAAGUUUGGCAUUUUCCGGGCAGGGAAACUGCCCGAGUACUGA